GAUGAGGUGUUUAAGAUGCAGUCCAGGGUCUCUUACUUUAGACGAUUUUACUUGUAUAAAAUGUCCACAAAAUUGCAAGGUUUGCAUACAGUCAGACCCUGGUAUACAAUGUACAGUAUGUAAUGAAGGAUAUGCUAUUAAGGAUGGUAAGUGUUCUCCUUGCGGAGAAUACUGCAAAACUUGUACCUUUGACCAUAAUGGAAAAAGUAUAUGUAUUAGCUGUCCAGUGAAAUAUGCUCUGGAAAAGGGUGUUUGUAAACCUUGUCCUUCAUUCUGCAAUAUAUGCCAUUGGGAUAUUUUUACAGAACGCUUAAAAUGUAGAGUUUGUCAAAACAAAUUUACGGUUAACCAAAAUGGAGCAUGUGAACCAUGCUCAGCCCAUUGUUAUUCCUGCAGAGAUAAUUUCUUUUGCAAUGGCUGCGAAGAUGGAUAUUCCGUAUCAUCGAAUAAACGGUACUGUUUCCAGUGUCCUCACAAAUGCAAAAGCUGUUCACCGGACAUUCAGGAUGUUAUGAAAUGUACUCAAUGCAACGAUGGAUUUAUACCCGUCUCUGGUCAGAAACUUUGCAUAAAAUGUCCGCCAUUAUGUACAGCUUGUCAUUUUAAUGGUAAAGAGACAAUGUGUGAUGACUGCAAAGAAUAUUACGUCAAUAAUCUUGCUGGAAAGUGCGUUAGAUGCCCAAGCAAUUGUGACAUUUGUUCAUGGGGAGGAAAUAGUCCUAAAUGUAGGCUUUGUGCAAAGGGAUACAGCAUUAAUAGGGAUGACAUGACAUGUAUAAAAUGCCCUUUCAACUGCAAAAAAUGCAUCAAGAGCAACAACAAGGGUAUAUGCCUACCAUCUGAAUGCUUUGAAGGUUUUGGAUAUGAUGAUGAAAGCGGCGUCUGUGUUUUAUGCGGUACUGGUUGCUUGCAUUGUAAAAUUCAGGGCAUUCAUAAGGAAUGCAUCAUCUGUAAAUCUGAAUACAGUUUAACAGAAACCGGAAGUUGCAUACCUUGCGUCUCUAACUGCAAAGUCUGCGAUAGUAAAGGUCUAUGUUUGAAAGAUAUGUGCGAAGAAGGGAAAACUUUAGAUCAUUCAGAGAAAGUCUGUCAAGUUUGUUCAAAACUGAAUGAGCACUGUAACAAGUGUGUUAUCAUCAAUUUUCUGAACAAAUUAACAGAAAUCUGCCUAGAAUGUGAGAGUGGCUAUCUCUUGAAUGGUUUGAAAACUGAUUGUCUACCUUGUAGUGGCCUUGAUAUUAACUGCGAAAAAUGCAGUUUAAAUGACGAAAAAACUGCUGUUGAAAGAUGUCUUAGUUGCGGAAGUGGACGAAGUAUUAAAUCAGACGGAAAGGGUUGUUACAGCUGCUCAGAUAUUAAUUGCUUAACAUGCACUGAAAAUAACUUUUGCUUGAACUGCAAACCUCGUUUUACAAUUUCAGCUGCUGGAAUUUGUUUACAGUGCUCAGUUGGAAAUUGCGCAAAUUGCUUGAAAGAAUCUUAUCAGACUCAAUGCAGUUUGUGCAAAGACACUUUUACUAAAUCUGACGAUGGUACUAAAUGUACAUCUUGUACUCCAGAUUGUGAACAAUGCUCAUUUGUUGAUGAAGGUAAGACUGCCGGAAGUUGCCAUCAAUGUUCAACUGGUUUUGCAAUAGAUAAAGUAAACGAUGUGUUUUGUUACGCCUGCAAUUUGAUUAAUGAAAACUGUAUUGAAUGCGAAGAUCGAGAGAAAAAAUGUCGAACCUGCAAAAGUGGAUUUGUGACGUCACUUGAUGGUUUACAGUGUAUAUCUUGCCAAACUCACGUGACCGAAAAUUGCUUGAAAUGUUCGAAUUCGAACACGAAUGGAGUUUGUGAUGAAUGUGUUAAAGGAUUUACACUUUCUGUUGAUAAGAAGACAUGCAUAAAUUGCGGUAAGAUACCCAACUGCGAAGAAUGUGAUCUCGCCAAUGAGCUAAAUGAGGUAAAGUGCUUUAAAUGUUCUACUUCCUACUCACCAAGUGUAACAAAGGCUGAAUGCCUCAGCUGCAAUUCAGCUUGUUUAUCAUGCAUAUUUACCAACACUGGCACUGAAUGCAACCAAUGCCAAAAGGGAUAUAUCUUAAAACCGGAUAAAUCUGGUUGUUUGGAAUGUCCACCUUCCUGUUCUAAAUGCAGAGCGGCUAAUAACUUUCAGGCUCAUUGCAUCAGGUUUGAAUGCGCUCCUGGAUACGGACUGUCAGACAAUGAAUUCGGCUGUAGUCCUUGUCAAUUGAACUGUCAAAGGUGUAUGAAGACUAUAUUCGGGGAAAGUAUUUGUAUAAAAUGCUCCAAUGGGUUCACGCUUAGUCCUGAUUCAAAACAGUGUUUCGAAUGUCCGCCUUCCUGCGUAAAUUGCGUACUAAGAGGCACGGAAACGUUCUGUAUAGCUACUGGAUGUAAGGUGGGCUAUAUGACAAAAUCGGACGGUACUUGCGGAAGUUGUGGAACAUCUUGCGAGAAAUGUUUUUCAACGAGAGACGGAAGUUUUGAAUGUUCAAAAUGUUUCUCAAAAUUUACAUUUGAUUCGAAUAGGAAUUGUUUACCUUGCCCAUUCAAUUGUAAAACAUGUGAAUGGGAUAGUAUUGAAUUCAGAACAUUAUGCAAAACCUGUGAAGAUGGCUUUACAUAUUCUGUAGCUGACAAUAAAUGUUUCAAAUGCGUUAGUCCUUGUCUGACGUGUUAUAAAACUGGAACGGAAACAUUCUGCAAAACCUGUAAAUUGGGCUAUUUCUUAAAUCAACAUAGCAAAACUUGCCUUCCCUGUCAGAAUGGAUGCGUCCAAUGUUCUAGUGUUUCCGGUAAUACAUUUGGCUCUAAAUGUAUUAAAUGUAUCAAAGGAUUUUUACUAAUUAAUGGACAAUGCACAGCAAUUGCAAUAUUUGCAGUAAAAGUCUGGAUAUCAUUAGCUGUUCAUCAACCGGAUGUUCAGCUGGAUAUGGAUGGAAACGUUCUAACAAUCUUUGUUAUAAAUGCCCUAAAAAUUGUCAUUCAUGCUUCGAAGAUAAAGCUGGAUUGUUUACCUGCUCAAAAUGUCUGGUUGGAUAAAGAGAGGAGAAUGAAGUUUGUACAGCCUGUCCACCAAAUUGUAACAAAUGCCAAUUUUCAGGAAAUGACCUGGUGUGCUAUCAAUGUAAACAAGGUUUUCACUUGA